CCUCACCAUUCCUUAAAAGAGAGUAAAAGAAUUUAAGAGAGAUAAAAAGCAGAUGAGAGAGAAAAGAGAGUUUACCUACUACUCUUAAAACAGCAGAGCUGACUUCUUCAAUCUACACAACUGCCAAAAACCCUGAUGUCUUCUUCAUGCUUCAAUAAAGAAUUUCUUUAUAGCUUGUGAUAGAUAGUGUGGCUUUAUGCAGAUGAGGCACCACAGAUCAAACUGUUACGUGAAUUAAUCGUUGACUAGCAUUCUGUGAAGGAUUUGGUUGAAUUCGUGGCAUGUAAUUGAAAGAUUUAUGCGAUAUUGUUUAAGUUUUCAGCGUAGCAUGUUCAUGGCCUUUCAAUGUUUUUAUAAAAGAGGGCCUCAACGGAGCACUGGUGGAGGUGAAGAUGUUAAACCACAGUUGAAGUCUUCUGAAAUAGUGGAAGUUCAGUUGAUUACAAAUUGGGAUAACAUAACUUGUCCGAUAUGUUUGGAUCAUCCUCAUAACAGUGUGUUGCUUCAAUGUUCAUCUUAUGAAAAAGGGUGUCGUUCUUUCGUUUGUGACACCAACCACUUGCAUUCAAACUGCUUAGAACGUUUUAAAACUGCAUUUGGGGUACCUUCAGAGCCAAAUUCACUUUCAACAUCAUAUGCAGUGGCAAGUGAGAACUCAGGGUCAGUGGUUCCUGAAAGCAACUGUAAGCCAACUUGUCCAUUAUGCAGGGGAGAAGUGAAUGGUUGGGUUGUAAUCGAGAAGGCCCGAGAAUAUCUGGAUUCAAAAAGACGUUAUUGUGAAGAGGAGCGAUGUUCAUUUGUUGGUACAUAUUUGGAGCUUCAAAAACAUGCGCAAGAAGAACAUCCUAAUUCUCGCCCAUCAAAGAUUGAUCCCGCACGUCAGCUUGACUGGGAGAAUUUCCAGCAGUCAUCAGAAAUGGUGGAUGUUCUUAGUACCAUUCAUUCAGAAGUUCCGCGUGGAGUUGUUCUAGGCGAUUAUGUGAUUGAAUAUGGUGACGAUGAUACAGCUGAUGAGUUUGAAGACUUCCCCGGUGAUGAAGGAAAUUGGUGGACAUCCUGUAUAUUGUAUCAGGUAUUUGAUAAUCUCCGCAAUAGUAGAAAUAGGAGGAGGUCAAGAACCACUGAGACAAGAAGAGGAAGUCGUCGCUCCAGCAAUGAUACAUCGAAUUCAGAUGAUGGCUCUGUGACAUCCAUAGAAUUUCCAGACUAUAGAGGAGAUGAGACUGAUGAUGAAUUUGUGAACUCCAGAGGCCCUGCGAGAAGUAACCUUAGUCACCGGAGUUCCCGAAGAAGACGCUCCCGCUUCUAUGACCAUUAGGUGCAUAACUUGUUGAUGCUGAGGAAGAAAGAAUAGUACCCAGGAUGUGAGCUGCAGCAUCCCAUCUUCCGCUGCAAUCACAAUAUGUACGUCGACCUUCGUAAUAUGCUCUCCUAGUUAGAUAUGAAAUCCCUAGAUGUGAAUGGGUUUUAGAUCUAGAAAUUUAUUUCAUUGAUUAGCCUCCUUUUUUCUUCUGUCGCGCUGAAUGGAAAUUCAGAGAUUGAAAAUUUCUGGGUUUUGUUUGCCUUUUGUAAGAAACUUUGGUUUAAUGUGCUUGUACAUAUUUCAUGGUAAAUACUAGAUUUGUAGUUGUUUUUUUGUAUUAGUUUCUUGCAAUGAUAAUCUCAAGUGCUUGAGAAGAGCAACUUCCCCAUCAAUGAUGGGUGUUUCUUUGAUCUGCUAUUAUAAAAUGAAAAGUUGAUGUUUUUUGGUCUUA